CCUAGUUCCUAUGCGUCUCCUGCCCCUCAUUUCCUUUGCGUUCGCGGGGACAUCGGCUUCCACGUUACACGCCCGUGGCUGAUCUCCGUCUCCCGUGAAGAAAACCUUGCCCUACUCUCCUUCCUCUGGAUUUCAGCGUGGCACGGUGGCAACAGCUAUCCGCAUGCGGCGCGCCCGGCGAUAGACAUCGAGUGUCGCGUGCACCGGUGGCAGUGCGGUCGCGCACAACGCGUGCUUGUGAGGCACCGCGCCAGAAUCGUCCGACUUCAACCUCCGGCGAACGGGAAAGAAGGCGGGGAGUGGUGCGACAUGAACACAUAAAAUCUCAGAAGUAUUACCUACCCCAAAUCUUCCACCCUUCUUAUGCCACCGAUUUUGAGGGGGAAAAGUAGAAGACGAGCAAAGAUUCCGGUUUGGGGUUUCUCAUUUUCUUCUUGGAAAAUAGGAGAUCAGUAUUUCAACCCUUUCAUGUUAUCUCCUUUCCUUUCUUAUUCCCUCCAUUUAAAGCCUACCGUUUUUCGCCGAUCUUUCGUUGUGCGAGUUAAAUAAUACUGUACUUAAGCCGUUUUCUUAGGACUCGCCAUAACUUUCGCCGAGUUCUUGGAUCAGAUGUGCCAACAAUCUCUCUAUCUACGUUGAAGACGCAAAGGACUUUCGGUCUUUCCAUAUAGAUUCAAUAAAAGCUGCCGGCAAGGUGUUCACACCUAGUAAUUUGCAUGGGAACCAAAUCCAUAGACGUUGAUUUAUCAGAUGUAAGUCAAACCAAACCAGAAAUUAAGGGAAACCGCCUGGUUCCAAUACCAGUCGCAGGUGGUUCAUCUGGUAUGGGGUUGCCUUAUGCACCUGAAGAUUGGCCGUGUCCUGGAGAUCUAUGGCGUUGGAAGGUUGGCACUAGGAAAUGCAUCUCAGGCCAUUGGAUUGAUAGGUCUAUUUGUGCACCACCCUCUUGUCCAAAAUCACGCGGUAAGAAGCCAGUAUUUCAAAGCAAGUUAUCACUUGAAGAAUAUAUUCGAAAGGAAUUUCCACAAGUGGAUGUUGAUUCCUUCUUUUCUUCAUUCAUAUGGCGGGUUCCUUCUGUGGAUUUUUCAGAUUCGAGAGGUGCAGAAAUCAAUAAUUAUAUAUCGUCAUCCUCAAUUGUUAAGGAUGAACAUUCAGAGUCCAGAUUAGAAGACCAGUCUGGUGACUGUAAAGCUGGAAACAAAAUGUGCAGUUUGCAAUCUAAGGAGAAAAACAAUAUUCUUACAGCCAAGGAUUGCAAUAUCUGCUGCAGUGAAGCUGGUUUUUGCCGCAACUGUUGUUGUAUUUUGUGCUGCAAUACAGUUGAUUCAGCAUGUGGAAGUUGUACUUUUAUAAGAUGUGAGGCAAAUUUGGACAACCGAUAUAUAUGUGGACAUGUGGCACAUGUGGAAUGUGCUCUUCGUGCUUACAUGGCUGGUACUGUUGGAGGAAGCAUUGGCUUAGAUACUGAGUAUUACUGUCGACGUUGCGACAAUAAAACUAAUUUAAUUCCUUUUCUGACAAAGCUUAUCAAGGCGUGUGAAUCACUUGAUUCCAACGAAGACAUAGAAAAACUGCUGAAAUUGGGUUUUUGCAUCUUGCGUGGCUCAAAACAACCAAGAGCCAAGAGUUUACAGAAUCGUAUUGGAGUAGCCAUCAAUCAGCUUAAACAUGGAGUUCUCCAUCUUGAUGGAAUUUUGCAAGAAGAUAAUGCUACAUCACCUCCUGCGGGAAAGCUGUAUAACAAUGGGCAUGAUACACCAGUCUCAGCUACAGUUGAAGAAACUGAAAACGAUCACAUAAACAAAGCUGGACCUUUGCAAGGAUUGGAAGCAAAUGAUGAGAGAACCAAGAAACCUGUCUAUAUAACAUCAGAAUCCGAUAAGAUUUCUGAAAAGCUAGAAAGUGAAAUCGAUCAGGUUCUUCGAGAACUAAGACGAUCUCAGCAACUGGAGUAUAGGAAGGCAGAGCAAAAGCUUUAUGUUCAGAAGGACUUCCUUCUAAGCUUGUAUCAACAGCUCGACUAUGAAAGAUCUGAAUUAACAGAUCCUGCGCCUUUGCCCAUCAGAGGCCAUUCCGAUGUGCUUUUGUCGAAUGUCUUGCACAGAGUCGAUCAAAUAAAGUACGAGGAAGAGAAGUUGAGGAAAAUGCUGAAAGUUGCCGAUGGGUUCGGGAGAACCCCCAAAAAUAUUCUUGCUGAUUGCUAUGAGUUAGUUAUUGGCGACUAACUUGGAUCCAUGCUGUGGUUGAACAUUUAUUGUGUCGUCUCCUGUGUUACAUUUUUUUUGUCGAGAACAGGAUGAUUGGUUUAUCCAUCGUGAAAAAGGAAAUUUUCUUUAUUGCUUUUCCAGGCUGAAAGCAAUAUGGCUUUGUGCAACAUUGUGAUGGGCCUUGUAGAAAAGCCUAGCCACUUUCUCUCAAUCAUUUGACUUGUUCAUAACUUGUAUGAUCAAUUAUAUUAUUUUGGAUCAAUUAUACAUUAGCAAAGAUAUCACUAUUUGUUA